ACGGCAACUACAUUACACGUGUAGCUGGUUCACACGGAAAUGGCCGCCGAUGAAUAUUUUGUAGGCCUAUAUGCGGCAAAUGCUUUACGAAAUGAAAGUUAAUUAGAUCAAUAUAUGAAUUGGCUUUCAAAUACUGCUGUCAUAGAAAUCUUGAAUUUUCCUGGUUUCUACGCAAAAAUCACAUUCUGCACAGACCGAAUCUAAUCUAGUGAUAGUGACACGGAACCGAUGACGCAUCCGCUGAACACGUCUAUUUUGAUUAUAUGUUGGCGUGUUUUGUGUUUUUGUUAUAUCAGUGUUUAGUGGAAAGUGUUCAACCGCGCAUUUGGAAAUUUGGAUAUUCAACUUUCCAGAUGAUAUCAGACGCUUGGAAUACAACAUGAAUCUUCCAGGAAAGCGGGGAAACCUCUAUUUCUCCAUAUUUGCUGCGAACUUGGCGACAAUCUCCGUAGCCACACACUACAGUUGGACUUCGCCAACUCUGCCGAAGUUGGAAGCUCCCGGCUCGUUCAUUCACCUAGACAGCAAUGAAGCUUCAUGGGUGGGCUCACUCAAUUCUCUCGGCAACAUUUUCGGCCCAUUCCUCGGGGGAUGGCUGAUCGACAGAGUGGGGCGGCGGUGGACCAUAUUGAUAGCAGAUCUGAUGAAUCUGCUCUCCUGGGUCGUGCUACUCGUCGCCACGUCUGUCUGGCACAUUUACUUGGGCCGCUUCCUGGGAGGCUUCUCGGGAGGUAUUUUGUUCGUGGCGAUUCCCGUCUAUGUGGCCGAGAUAGCUGAGCCGAAAAUAAGAGGAGCUGCGGGCACCAUAUUUGGUCUCUCACUGACCGGCGGAUGUUUCAUCGAUUACUGCUUUGGUCCUUACGUUUCCUACUCAACUCUCAUCUAUGUGAACUUCGUUCCAGCGUUCUUAUUCCUUAUUUUGUUCAAUUUAUAUCCAGAAUCUCCAUACUAUCUUGUACGUAAAAGCGAUGACGCAAGCGCUACAAAGAGUCUCACGUGGCUCAGAAACAGCCAGUCACCUGAAGAGGUACAGACAGAGUUGGAAAAAAUGAAGGUAGAAGUCCACAAUUCCAUGACAAAAAAACCGAGGUUCUCAGACCUUGUCAAGAUCCGAGGAAACCGCAAAGGUUUGAUGAUCUCUUGUGUGCUCGCCGCGAGUCAACAACUCAGUGGUAUAAACGUGAUCCUCGUCUACACCCAGAGCAUCUUCACCAUGGCCGGCACUGCCUUCUCCCCCAGUGUGUCUUCCAUCAUCGUCGGUGGCUGCAUGUUCGCAGCCCUAGCAGUGUCAUUCCCGCUCACCAGGGUGUUUGGAAUAAAGAACAUGCUGGUUUUUUCUGGGAUUGGAAUGACCAUUUUUCAGCUUUCCUUUGGCGCUUUCUUCUACUGUAGUAACCACGGAUACGACACGUCUGCAUAUUGGUGGUGGCCGCUUGCCAGUGUUGUGGGAUAUAUACUCACCUACAGUGUGGGAUUUGGACCUGUUCCAUUCACGGUGAUGGGCGAAAUGUUCCCGUCCAACAUCAAAGGCCUCGCUUCCGCCAUUACUGCUGGACUCGCUUGCUGGUUUCUAGUCUUUUGCUUACCCUCUACUUCAACGAUGUCGCCCAAAAUCCUCGGUUCUCACAUGGCCUUCUUCCUAUUUGCCAUCUUCUACUUUCCAUAAUUUCUUUUUACGGGUUUCAUCCUCCUGAUAAAAGAGGUCUUACUCUUGAGGAAAACUUGUACUUGUUGAAACUACAAGACUAACCUGAUUGUAUUAUUCUCACGGAAUACAAUCUGAACUAGCAAUUCAACCUUAUUUAAGUAUAGGUCAUUAUCUCAUGAAUGUUAUUUUAAUAGUAGGGAUGUGUAUCGUAACUGUGAUUUGGAUCACAAUGCCCAAAAAAAGAUACUAAUUUCAAAUUAGAGUAUGCUCACACAAGGCAUUUGAAUAUUAUUAUACACAUACCAACAGUACAGCUAAUAAGAGUUAAAAAUAAGAGCUAUAAAGUCGAGUCUUUGUAUUACGCACAACUUUGCCCAUUUAAUCUUUGUGCAAUUCCUUCAUUGUGCAUUAAAUUUGGAGCAUGAUGUAGAUCUCGGAAAAGCAUUUGAUAAUGUAAAUAGAGGAAACAUUAUGUUUCAUUAUGUUACAGAUGUGAUGGAUAUUAAUUUUAAUGUGAUUGUGAAAGUUGAAACGAUGUUAAUAUAUCGUACAGGACUAAGCUGGUACCCAUGCACAAUAAUAUUAAGACGCAGUGGAGCGCCCGUAGUCCUAAAUUACACCCUCUCUCCUACCAGUUUCUGAUAAUAAAAUAUUAUUAUCGAAAAGAAAAGCAUUAAACAGUGUAAGCAGUAAUUUAUAUGAACCAGGAGUUCUGGGAGACCAGGUGUGUACAACACGAUGUUAUCUCGCUCGGCUUGUUAUUGCCUUGUAUCGCUCGCGAGGCGGUGGCGAGUUACAUAAGUACUCGCUAGGUGAGGGACGGGCACGAUCGUGGUGGCGGUGACCUGCUGCCUGAUUGAUGCCGGAUUUACAACGACAAACAUUGGAGCAAACAGCCUCAGGCCCGGUAUCUCUGCCUCAUCUCCCAGGCCGGCCCGGUCUGGUACACAUAUUUACUGUACGGUAUACAGCUACGUCGGGGCGAUCGGGGUUGCGACAAUAUCGAUCGAAAAACAGGAAGUGAGAGUUCACUUUUUUCUUUGUGCCUAACACGAUUUUAAAAUAUUAUUAGUAAAAGUUUUAGUAACGGCGUUGUAAAAGGCAAUAUAGGUCAAGUUUGAUGCUUCAGUAAAACAUUUCUUGGGACGUACAUGCGAGUGACGUUGUCGGACUUGCCACCUCGCCAUUGUCAACAUUUAGUGGCGUAGGCAAAAUUGGUAAAUACGAACUGAAAUAGCCUACUUAAGUAGAGAGAGGCCGCUCCAGAUCAAUAACUAUGAUUUAGGAAUUUGGUGCUAAAUAGCUACAUAUUUCAGGUCUCAGCACAUUCACCACGUUGUUACUAGAACAUUUAAACUGAAUGCGCUUAUAUAGUUGAUGUGAUUAAAAUUAGAUGUAUAAAUUAGUACCAGCUGCUUAACUAAAAAUAUUAAACCAACACAGGAGACUGAGCAACUAUAUUGUCACUAUUAAAACUUCUUGGUUGAAGAAACGCGAACUAGAGCCAAGAAAAUAAUGUCUCUGGGCCGGACACGCUAAACCCCGUGCUUUAGCCGUCUUUCUGGGUCAGGCGAGGAUACGUUUAUUAAAAGAUAUGGCGUUUUACAAUACGAUGUGAUAUUUUACAGUAGAAAUUUUGUAAAAUUAUCAAACUAUUUUACAUGUUUUAGAUUUUUUUAAAUUAUGUCAAAACGCAUAAAACAUUAAUACCACCCACCUUUAGAAGAAUUUUACAAAGUAAAUCGAAACAUCACCGCCAAAAGUGCUAGGAAUAACUUAGCCUACCUUACGUAUGAUAAACAAUCUUACACAAUCUAUACCAACAAUGUUGUAAAAGAUAUGAAUAUAAUUUACAUAAAGUAUACACUUUUUUUAUAAAACGACCUGUUUGAAAACGACUAGACUUAAGACUUGUGGACUUAUUAUAGACUUAUGGACAUCCGUAUACAGGAUGUCUAUAAAUGACUAUCAAACUUCACCAUUUCACUUUUCUGGUCAAAAUAAGCGAUAACUGUCAUACAACAUAAUAUCAUCCAAUAUUUCACAGUUUACUGUCUGUUUGUGCAUUUUAGUAACAAACUAUAUCUUUAAAUAGAAUAAAGGUAUAAAGUCCAAAUUUUGUAAACUGUACGUCUAAUUAAAACCUGUUUUUAAAUUAUUGUUUCAGAAAGAUAUCACCUCAGGUUCAAAAUUAGUUACCAUUCCAUAUUUUAAUACUCUGGUAACUCAAAAAUUGGAAAUUUCAUGAAAAAUGUACAAUAAAAAACUAUAGUGAAA